AUGAACGGAGAAUCAGUGAGGGAAAAGAAUGACCAUUUUCGUGGCUAUCGGAAGAGGGGAAGACAAGAACUGAGAAAGAUUAAAAGAUCUUCUGUAAGAAGAACUAAAGACGAAAGUGUGAACGAAGUGGACCACGUAGCGGAUGAGAUUGUCCACAGUACUGGUGAGGAUAAAAUAUCUGAUAUUGGCAGCGAGGAGGAUAAUCUUGAUGUCGAGGAUGAGGAAGGAAAAAAGGAAAAAGUCUAUGACGCUUUAUUGACUAUUCUCAAAUCCGAACAUCCAGAGCCAAAGAGAAGGAAGACACAGGCUGACGAAGACAAUAAAGCUGCUGCCAAACCCGCAGGAAAUGAGAAUGUUAAUGUAGAAUAUGAACCAGUAGACGAGCAAUUAGAGAUAGAAAAUGGUCUUUUAGGUGAUCGAGAAGAUGAUAACGACGAUGACAGCAAUGAGAAUGAAAAGGAUGAUAUGGACAGUGAAGAUGAACAAGAUCCUUUUGAGUCGCACUUUAAUCAAGUUUCAGAGAAAUACGUUGAUGAUUUAUCUAAUGCUUUCAAGUCCAAAAGCAUAAAAUACAAAUCUGUCAAGGCCUCACUAGGCGACGACGAAUCAUACAUAUACGCCAAACCAUUCAUGGUUGGUGAGGAAGCCUUAGUUGAAAGCCCAUACAGAUCGUCUUCCAUAUAUUCUUACUUUUUGAAACAAAGACUGAAAGUUCAAAAUGGCCUGCUAGAUAAAAAAAUUGAUCCAUUGACUUGCAUGCAAAAAAAAUUAAUAGACCCCAUGUUUCAGUACAAAGACAUAUUAUACGAGUAUGAUUCCUAUGAAAAGGAUGAAAGUGAGUACAGAGAUCUGUAUGCUUUACACGUAUUAAAUCACAUUUACAAGACAAGAGAUAGGAUUUUGAAGAACAAUCAAAGAUUGCAGGAUAACCCAGACACUGAACACCUAGAUCAAGGUUUCACAAGGCCGAAAGUGCUAAUUGUGGUUCCUACAAGAGAAGUAGCGUACCGUGUCGUUGAUAAGAUAAUUUCAAAGUCUGGUAUAGAUCAAGUUGAUAAGAAAGGGAAAUUCUAUGACCAAUUCCGAGAUGACUCCUUACCCCCAGAAUCCAAACCAAAAUCUUUUCAACAUAUAUUCAAAGGGAACACCAGUGAUUUCUUUGUUGUUGGCCUCAAGUUCACGAGAAAGGCUAUAAAGCUUUAUAGUAAUUUCUAUCAGUCUGACAUCAUUAUAUGCUCACCGCUGGGUAUUCAAAUGAUCUUGGAAAACACGGAUAAAAAAAAGAGGCAGGAUGAUUUCUUGUCAUCAAUAGAGUUAAUGGUGAUUGAUCAGUUACAUUCAAUAGAAUACCAAAAUAUAUCUCAUAUUUUCACUAUCUUUGACCAUAUUAACAAAAUUCCGGACCAACAACACGAAGCUGAUUUUAGCAGAAUUAGGAUGUGGUAUAUUAACGAACAAGCUAAGCUCUUCAGACAGACAAUGGUGUUUACAAAGUACAUCUCACCAGCGGCUAAUUCAUUAAUCAAUGGAAGAUGUUGUAACAUGGCAGGCAGGUGGAAGAACCAUAAGGUAAUAGGAUCAGAAAGUUCCAGUAUUGGACAAUUGGGUUUAAAGGUCAGACAAAUCUUUCAAAGAUUUGACAUUAUUGGAAAUUCCAUUAUCGAAGAGCCUGAUUACAGGUUUAAAUUUUUUACAAGUGUCAUUAUUCCAAGUAUUGUCAAAUCCGUAGGGUAUGAAGAUGGAAUAUUGGUUUAUAUCCCAGAUUAUACAGACUUUAUCCGCAUAAGAAACUAUAUGAAGGAAAAGACAACAAUAUUGUUUGGCGAUAUAAAUGAGUAUUCAAAUCAAAGACAACUUAAUGCCAAUAGAUCACUAUUUCAACAGGGGCGCUUGAAAGUAAUGUUAUAUACAGAAAGGUUGCAUCAUUAUAGACGUUAUGAGAUCAAAGGUGUGAAGAGCGUUGUAUUUUAUAAGCCUCCAAACAAUCCCGAGUUUUACAAUGAAACUGUCAGAUUUAUUGGCAAGAAUGCCUUUUUAGGUAAUACUGAUUUGAACAUAUCCACUGUUAGAUGCAUUUAUAGUAAACUUGAUGGUCUUUCACUCGAAAGAAUUGUGGGUACUAAAAGGGCAGCUGUACUAUCACACGCACAAAAGGAAGUAUAUGAGUUCAAAUGA